AUGCGCGUCACCGCUGGCGUUCUUGCUGGCUUCGUUGCCGUGGGCAUUGCUGCACAGUCCAUUUCAACCACAAAGCCAGAAUUCAGCAAGGCCUUUGGGGAAGCACAUCGUUCCGAAUCCGAUCGCGUUGACGGUGACUGGCGGUUCGGCUGUGACGGGAACAACCACUGCUCGUACUAUCACAAUGCCGCCGCCGCUACAAGCGUCACUGCUUCAGAUUCUGUUCACCCUGUCGAAGAACCUUAUUCUGAGUGGUCUGCGAAGAGCGUCAACGCAACUGCCAUAGUCGUACGUGUUGUCGAAAUUUCUAAGGCCAACACCACUUCUUCAGCCGUAACGCUUAACAUGAACGAUAACCAAUUAGCUCGACGCAGCCAGAACGUCUCUCUUCACGCGGAUACGCAACCGCUUUUCGGCCGCCACGUUGCCUUUACAGGAGACCAAUGUGAAGAAUGUGAUAUAAAUGGAUGUCCGGAAUGCCACAGUGACUGUGUCCAGUGCCAACACUUCAAGUGUGUCGACCCCAGUUCAGGCGUGUCCAUGUGCAUGAGCGUACGCCCCAAGUAUCUGGUCCCCUGCGAUCCUGUCCCUCGACCAGUCGAGACCAAGACGAAGACUAUCUACUACCUGCCUGUGCCUACACCGAUAUCCGCGGAGACAAUCAUAACCUCACGUCAGGCGAGGUCCGUGGCUACGACCGCACCUCUGCCCACAACCAUAGGCGGACCCUCGGUUACUAUCACGGUAUCUACUGUUGUGACAAAAACAACCACUGUCCUCACUCCCUUCCCGACCCAAACUACCAAGACAGUUUUCAGGGAAGUCAGCAUCGUACCCAUUGAUCCCGACAGCACCAUCAUUUCCACCCAGACCAUUCGAUACCUGACACCCGUCACAAAACCCAUCAUGCUCGACAGCAGGAGGAACUUGAUAAUCCCAAGAACCCCAAGCGCCAGCUCUCCAACCCCGUCCUUCACAACAGCCCAUGGGCCCCGAGUCACUGGUCUACUCUCCCGUCAGCAGUACAACAUAAAGGAAGCAUCUUGCAACAUUUGUGAAGAUGCUUCAGCCUGUCAGGAGUGCAACUUCGCCUGUCCCAGCUGUGGUGGCAACCUAUUCUGCAACAGUCCUUUCAGCAGCCACAAUAUCUGCAUCGAUAUGCUGGACACCGCAAAUGUUUCUACAGCCUCGGACAAGAUUCUCGGUCGUGCGGCUACACUUCUCGUUCAACGCGACGCAAACGCUGUUGCUUCCAACAACGGGUCAACAAGUGCCAAGCCGUGGGAUAUUCAAGACGAUGGUUCGGUAUUGUCGUUGAAGUUUGGGUACACCGACUGCCGUGCUUGCACUCCUGGAGACAGAGACUGUCGUGGUUGCAAGCCGAGAUUUGACUGUAGCGAGAUGAACAAGUGUGUUCGUUUUGAUGAGACGGCGAUCGUAGAGGUUUGUUACGAGACCGAGACGUUUUGUCCUGCUUGA